AUGGGACAGCUUCCCCAGUGGAUUACCAUAGUGUCGGGCUACUCGGCGGUGGUUUCUUCUGUGAUCAUUACCACCAGUAUUUUGUUGCAUCUUGCAAACUACAGAAAGCCCUUCCAACAAAGGCUCAUGAUUCGAAUUCACUUAAUUAUUCCCCUUUUUGCAUUGUCCUGCUAUUGCAUGCUUACCAUCCCACAGUCGAUUUUUGUGAAAUACUUUGUCGAACCACUUCGAGAAGUGUAUGAAGCAUUUGUAAUUUACACUUUCUUCUCUCUCUUGACUGAGAUGCUCGGCGGAGAAAGACACAUAAUAAUAUUCACCACGGGGAGAGAACCAGUGCCGCAUCCGGGCUUUAUGCGCUACAUCUUUUCGGAUCUAGACAUCUCGGAUCUGUACACGUUUUUGAAUAUUAAGCGAGGCAUACUUCAAUAUGUAUGGCUCAAACCGGCAAUAUGCUUUGGGAUUCUCUUCUUUGAAGCUGUUGGUCUUUAUGACGUGAACGACCUCGGAAUCACUUCCAUUUAUCUCUGGCUCACUCUAUUGUAUAAUGCCAGUGUUUCUCUUUCACUUUACUGUCUUGCCAUUUUCUGGAAGAUAUUGUGGAAUGACUUGAAGCCCCACAAACCGGUGGGGAAGUUUUUGUGCGUCAAAUUGAUCAUUUUUGCAUCUUAUUGGCAGGGUAUAAUCCUUGCUAUCUUGAGUGUUACCGGAGUGUUACCUCAGACCGCAAAUACAGAUAAGGAUACCAAUAUUGGAGUAGCCAUUCAAAAUGCUCUCUUGUGUGUGGAGAUGAUACCGUUUGCCAUUGGCCAUUGGUUUUCGUUCACUUAUGUUGCAUUCACCGUGGCACACAUUCCUAAUGGCAGGCUAAAAUUCAGGUAUGCUGUUCGUGAUAUGUUUGGCAUUCGUGAUCUCGUGAACGACUUCAAACUCACAUUUUAUGGUGACUACUACAAGGAUUACAAGCUGUUCGACUCCGUAGAUGCUUCAGUGGCCCACCCAGACUCCAAGAGCCGAAUGAGCAGGAUUCAGCAGGGGCUUCGAUAUCAUGGAGACGGUCGGCAAAAGCAUUGGAUUCAGAAACCUUCAGUCAGUUCACAGUCAGUUGACUAUUCCACGCUGUUGAAACUGCCUCUACUUCCUUCCAAUCCUCGCUAUUCUCCCUCCUUUAAAUCGAUCGGCACCUCCACAAGAGGUAUUUAUCCCCCAUCUCCCAAAUUGAUACCAUCACCACCGGAUUCUCCCAGCUCCUCACCAAUUGAUAUCAAUGAUCUGAUUAUGUCUAUCAGCGAAGCUAUCACUGGAGAUGGAUUUUCUUACACGAAAGAGCAUCUUGACGAGGACGAGCUUUACUACAAAGGGGUGCGUUCGGUCAUAAACAACUAUAAGCUCGACCAGAAAGCAGUCAAGAAAAUGCUCAACUAUCCCAUCGUCGAUAGCAUGAUCAGAAGUCACGAAUACGGCUAUAAAGUAAAGAAAUUGAGAGAAGACCGAAACAGACGACAACUGUCAAUCAAGUCGGGAAGGUCUACAAAUGCAUCCUACGGAAGUAUAGUUUAA